GAAUGUCGAGUCAAAUUCUGGUAACGCAGCUAUCCCAAGAGGUCUCCGUGCCUGCCUGGCUGGAUCAGCAGGAAUUGGAGCGUGUGGCCAGGCAAGAGAUACCGGAUUUCAGGAAAAUAGAGAGCACUCGCUGCAAGUGGGAGGUGCAGCUGUCACACCCAGCUCUCUGUGUUCAGCUUCAGGUGCUAAUUGGCGACAACAAGAAGCGCCUUGUGAGGUACCUACUCAAGUCCCCGGAAUCGGUCUCAAGUGGCCUGAAGUUACCCAUUCAAGGAGACUUUUCCGUAGAGCGUUACAUGUACGAGACCGUGCUGCCCGCCCUGGAGCAGCUGUACAAGGAUGUGGACAAGGUUAUCCACUUUAGUCCUAUAAGCUACCAGUUAAAGCAAAAGUCGAACUGCCUUUAUUUGGACUAUGUCCUAGCCAAGGGUUACUCCGUAGGCAAUACCCGAAAGGGUCUGAAUGUAACCGCCAUGGAAGCGGUGCUAUCGAAACUGGCCGCUUAUCAUGCCGCCACAGCUUGCUAUAUAGAGAGAAAUUCUGGCAAGAUUAGAGAGCUUCCAAAGCUUAGCGGAAACCGAGUGGGUGCGGUUGCCGAGCUCAAGAGCUUGUUGCAAAUGAAAUUUCAUGAGAGUCUCCGAUCGAACGAUGCCCGAGAGUACGAAGAUAAGGUGAAAUCAUUUCAAAAGUAUUUGAAUGCUCAUGUAGGAGUUUUGGAUGUUAAAAAUUCGUUCAAUGUUAUCCUCAAUGGAUCCUGCUGGUCAAAUAACUUACUCAACCAAGUUGAUGCCUUUGGGAAUGUAAAGGACUCUCUCUUCAGCGACUUUCAUGCUGCUAAAUACGGUCCAGUGGUUUAUGAUCUUUUCAGCUUACUCUUAACAGCUCCGGCUGAGAAAACAAGACGAUUUGAUGGCUACGUCAAGUACUACCACGAUCAGUUGGUGUCCAAUUUAAACUUGUUGAAAUUCCGGGGAAGAAAGCCCAGUCUUACGGAUCUUCAGUGUGAUCUGCUGAAGUACGGUCAUUGGGGAUUCGAGGUUGCAACGGAAGUUCUGCCAGUAGUUCUUUCGGCCUUUGAUACCAAUGAGGACAUCGAUGAGCUCUUCAGGAACCCAGUGUUUGGGGAGCAGGUGAGGGAGCUACUGCCCUGGCUGGAGAACCGUGGUUAUUUCGAAGAGGACUAG